ACUUCAUUUCCCAGCGGCCCCUGCGGCCUGCCCUAGCGCUGCGGCGCCUUUGUGAGCGCGGCCGGCGGCCAGGAUCGAGCCCUGGCCCGGGCCCUGGCCCAGCCCCGGCCUCCAAGGACCGCGCGAAGGAAGUGCCCACCGGAGGGAGGAGGCGCUCUACUUUCUCAGGAUACCAUCCCUCUCCUGGAGAGGAGCCUGAAGGAGUAGGACAGAAGAACUGUCAAAUUCUGGAAUCCUUAAAGCCAUGUCCAAGGAUUUGGUGACAUUUGGGGAUGUGGCUGUAAAUUUCUCUCAAGAGGAAUGGGAAUGGCUGAACCCCGCUCAGAGGAAUUUGUACAGGAAAGUGAUGUUGGAGAACUACAGGAGCUUGGUAUCACUGGCAGGAGUUUCUGUUUCUAAGCCAGAUGUGAUCUCAUUAUUGGAGCAAGGAAAAGAGCCCUGGAUGGUGAAGAAGGAGGGAACAAGAGGCACAUGCCCUGAUUGGGAGUAUGUAUUUAAAAACAGUGAAUUUUCAUCAAAGCAAGAGACAUAUGAAGAAUCAUCCACAGUUGUGACAGUGGGAACAAGACAUCUUAGUUAUAGCCUUGACUACCCCAAUUUCAGAGAAGACUGUCAAAGUGAGGACUGGUAUAAGAACCAGCUGGGAAGUCAAGAGGUACAUCUUAGUCAAUUAAUCAUCACUCAUAAGGAAAUCCUUCCAGAAGUUCAACAUAAAGAAUAUAACAAAUCUUGGCAAACAUUCCACCAGGAUACAAUCUUUGAUAUACAACAGAGUUUUCCCACCAAAGAAAAAGAACAUAAGCAUGAACCACAAAAGAAAAGUUACCGGAAAAAAUCUGUUGAAAUGAAACAUAGGAAAGUCUAUGUAGAAAAGAAACUUUUGAAAUGUAAUGACUGUGAGAAAGUCUUCAACCAGAGCUCAUCCCUUACUCUUCAUCAGAGAAUUCAUACUGGAGAGAAACCCUAUGCAUGUGUUGAAUGUGGGAAAACGUUCAGCCAGAGUGCAAACUUGGCACAACAUAAGAGAAUACAUACUGGGGAGAAACCUUAUGAAUGUAAAGAAUGUAGGAAAGCCUUCAGCCAGAAUGCACAUCUGGCCCAACAUCAGAGAGUUCAUACUGGAGAGAAACCCUAUCAGUGUAAAGAAUGUAAAAAAGCCUUCAGCCAGAUUGCACACCUGACUCAGCAUCAGAGAGUUCAUACUGGAGAGAGACCUUUCGAAUGUAUUGAAUGUGGAAAGGCCUUUAGUAAUGGUUCAUUUCUUGCUCAGCAUCAGAGAAUUCAUACAGGAGAGAAACCUUAUGUGUGUAAUGUGUGUGGGAAAGCCUUUAGCCAUCGCGGAUACCUAAUUGUACAUCAGAGAAUUCAUACUGGAGAGAGACCCUACGAAUGUAAGGAAUGUAGGAAAGCCUUCAGCCAGUAUGCACACCUUGCUCAACAUCAGAGAGUUCAUACUGGAGAAAAACCUUAUGAAUGUAAAGUAUGUAGGAAAGCCUUCAGCCAAAUUGCAUACCUUGAUCAACAUCAGAGGGUUCAUACUGGAGAGAAACCCUAUGAAUGUAUUGAAUGUGGGAAGGCCUUUAGCAAUAGUUCAUCACUUGCACAACAUCAGAGAAGUCAUACUGGAGAAAAACCCUAUAUGUGUAAGGAAUGUAGGAAAACAUUUAGCCAGAAUGCAGGCCUUGCUCAACAUCAGAGAAUUCAUACUGGAGAGAAACCUUAUGAAUGUAAUGUUUGUGGGAAAGCCUUUAGCUAUAGUGGAUCUCUUACUCUACAUCAGAGAAUUCAUACUGGAGAGAGACCGUAUGAAUGUAAAGAUUGCAGGAAAUCUUUCAGGCAGCGUGCACAUCUUGCUCAUCACGAAAGAAUUCAUACUAUGGAGUCAUUCUUGACUCUUUCCUCUCCCUCACCCUCCACAUCAAAUCAGUUGUCAAGACCUGUAGGUUUCAUCUCCUGAAUAUGUCUGAAAUCUCACCUCUUUAAUCCAUUUCCAUUCCAUCAUCCUUGUCCAAUGCACAUUAAUAUAUUUGACAUGGGAUACUCGAGUAGCUUUCCAGUUAGUCUCCUUGUAUUCACCAUUGUCUGUGUCAGCUGUCCACAUUGCAGCCAAAUUUGUAUUUUAAAAAAAUGUUUAAUAUCAUUUCUCCCUCAUUAAAAUUCCUCAGUGGCA